UCAUACCUCGCGUGGCCAACGGCUCUCCUACCGACUGCUUGCUCAUUGAAUUACCACACUCAGCCUGUUCACGUCGAUUUAGUGAAAUAAUUUGGGGCAAACCUGGUCGGACUACGUCGUUAACCACCUGUUUAUCUGCUGCACACUUUCACCGGCCUUCUGUUUGUCUGACUGCGGGGUUUGGGCGUGCUUUUCCUGGGCUCGCUGGCCGGGGUUUGGUCGGGGAGGCAGGGGGGGGAAGUACGGAGCUGGUCCCGGGUGAUGAUGGAGCUGGAGUCGGCCAGUAACAGAGGCGAACUGGGAGCUGUGGGAGACUCGCUGCAGCCACAGACCCCGAGCAGGCACGAAAAGAGCCUCGGGCUGCUCACGACCAAGUUUGUGACUUUACUGCAGGAGGCGAAGGACGGAGUGUUGGAUCUGAAAGCUGCAGCAGACACCUUGGCAGUGCGGCAGAAGCGACGAAUUUACGACAUCACUAAUGUGCUGGAGGGAAUUGGACUAAUAGAGAAGAAAUCCAAGAACAGUAUCCAAUGGAAGGGUGUAGGUCCAGGCUGCAACACCAGGGAGAUAGCUGAUAAGCUGAUUGAUCUGAAGGCUGAGUUAGAUGACCUGGCUCUCAGGGAAAACGAGCUGGACCAGCAGAGAGUCUGGGUCCAGCAGAGCAUCAAGAAUGUCACAGACGACUCCAACAACAGCCCUAUGGCAUAUGUAAAGCAUGAAGACCUCUGUGGAGCUUUCAAAGGUGACACACUCCUAGCAAUCCGUGCUCCCAUUGGUACACAACUAGAAGUGCCCAUACCAGAAGCUGUUCUCAACGGACAAAGAAAAUACCAGAUACGUCUGAAGAGUUCAUCUGGUCCCAUCGAGGUUUUGCUGGUCAAUAAGGACCCGUCCAGUGCCUCUCCCGUUGUUUUGCCCGUCCCUCCUCCAGAUGACGUCCUUCAAAACCUCCCAGCACCGACGCCUACCUCCCAGCUGCCCUCUGCUGCCUCCCAGGCCCCCAAAGCAGCUCCAGCCACAUCUACAAAACCUGGUCUCGCCACAACAUCAGCUGUAGUCGCCAACCAGACAGCUGCAGUGACAGAAGCAACAAGCACCACGCCUCUCACCCCAACAACAGACACACCCGCUACAGUUACUCAGCAACUUCAGUCCUCUGCCUCGUUGGAUGGAUCCGUGUCCUCUUCUGCCUCUGCAGUAUUUGAACCAAUUAAGUCAGAUCCCUCUGAAUUGUUGGACUUUCCCAAAGAGCUCUCUGAAAUGUUUGAUCCAACAAAAGAGAUCAUGAGUGGAGAUCUGUUGGAGGACUUGAUGUCAUCAGAAGUGUUCUCGCCUCUCCUCCGUCUGUCCCCUCCACCCAGCGAUCACGACUACAUAUACAACCUGGAUGAAACAGAAGGCCUUUGUGACCUUUUUGACGUCCCAAUUCUCAACCUCUGACCCCUAGGAUUGUUGUCAGAGUGGGAAACAGUUGCCCAAAUAUGCUAAUCUACCUUAAUUGUCUCCAAAUUUUCCCCCACUGACAGUGAAGCUGAGAAGAGGUGCAGUGGUGAAGGACACCACUGCACCUACACUCUGAGCUCAGCCUGAGCUCAGUCAGACAGCAGCUUGAUGUACAGCCUCGUGAAGAAAUACAGGCGAGAACAAAACAUUUUAUUCACUGUUUUUCCACGGAAACAGAGUCAAAACAAGUGAGAAAUAAUUAUAUUUUUGGAUUAUUGUGUAUGAUGUGUAUGUAAGCGUUAUGUUUCUAUCAGCUUUCCUGUGCGCUUGUGAAUGAAUGUGUGUAGGCAUACUUUACGUGAGUGCCGGUAUGUGCGUGUGUGUUUUGUACUGAACGCUCUAUUAAAGGACCAGUAUGUAGAAUUUAGUGGAACCUAGGGGUGAGGUUGCAAAUUGCAACCAACUGAAUAGCCCUCCCCUUACCAUCCCCUUCCAAGCAU